GCUCCGCGCAUGCGCAGCGCCGCUCCAGUAUAGCUGUUUCGGCCUGUUCCGCGGCCGCUCGGUCAUUUUCGCCUCUUUGUUGUACUGAUAGUGGAUUUAACUCGGAUUCAACCCCGAUAUCCAGCGGACCGUGCUGCUCCCAACCAGGCUCCAAUGAGAGGCUCUCCACGAUGAGGAGCUAACCACUGUCGGGCCGGCACAACCGCAGGAAGAGACGUGGCCGCUGCUCCACCCACGGCCGACGCAUGGCGGUAUUAGGGAACCCCGACAUGCUGACGAGGAAGAUAAAGCUGUGUCACAUCAACGCCCACAUCACCUGUCGCCUGUGUGACGGAUACCUGAUCGACGCCACCACCGUCACCGAGUGCUUACACACCUUUUGUAGAAGCUGCCUAGUGAAAUAUCUGGAGGAGAACAACACGUGCCCCACGUGUAGGAUCGUUAUUCAUCAAAGUCAUCCACUGCAGUACAUCGGCCAUGACAGAACAAUGCAAGACAUUGUCUACAAGUUGGUACCGGGACUUCAAGAGGCGGAGAUAAAGAAGCAGCGGGAGUUCUAUCAGAAGUUGGGGAUGGAGGUGCCUGGAGACAUCAAAGGAGAGCUCUGCAGCAUGAAGACUCAUCUAGAUCAACGCAACGGCAACGCAAAAUCGGAGGAGACGGCCAAUAAGGAGGCGGGAGAGGAGAAACCAGAGGAGGAAAACGACUAUCACCGUAGCGACGAGCAGGUCAGCAUCUGCCUGGAGUGCAACAGCAGCAAACUCCGGGGCCUGAAGCGCAAGUGGAUCCGCUGCUCGGCUCAAGCCACCGUCCUCCACCUCAAGAAGUUCAUCGCCAAAAAGCUCAACCUGACGUCAUUUAAUGAGCUGGACAUUUUAUGCAACGAGGAAAUCUUGGGAAAGGACCACACGUUGAAAUUUGUUGUUGUGACGAGAUGGAGAUUUAAGAAAUCCCCCCUCCUGCUCCAUUACAGACCUAAGAUGGAUCUGCUGUAGCUAAAACGGACACAACGGUUGUUGUUGUUUUUCUUUUGUGUGUGUUUUUUAUAUAUUUUUUUUGGGGCCCAGCGGACUGUCGGCGAAAAAAACCUUUUUUUUUUUUUUAUUUAUGCAAAGACGAUCAACCAACAGCAAGCAGACGCCCGGCGGCGAGCCAGCAAACUGGGGAUCUGAAACAAAAAGAGGGAUGAACUACAAGAAGAACUGGCAACCUCCGGCACAGAUACCGCAACACUGGUGUGUGUGUGUGUGUGUGUGUGUUAUUUUUUAAGGAACUAAAACAACCUUUUUUUUUUCUUUUUUUUUUUUGUGUCCGCUACAUCCUAGAUAUGUGAACAAAAAAACCCCGAAAACGAUAAAAAAAAAAAAAAAAAAAAAAAAGAAAACUAAUGGAGAGAAAGCAUAUAUUUAUACUUUUGUACAGAAGAGACACAUGGAACCAAGACACUACUGGUGCUCUGUUUACACACAAACAAGAUGUCGGGAAUCACGUCGUUUUUUUGUUGUUUUUUUUGGGAGCUUCACACAGAUCUCCUCCUCCUGAGACGAUGACCGAGAACGUUUUUUUCUUCUUUUUAUAGAUAUAUGAAAACAACAACACACUCGACGCGUCUCGGGGAGCACAGAAAGUAUAUGGAAAAAGUUAUAUAACAGGCAUCCAUUUUAAGCUGUUUUAUCAAGUAAAUUGUCAUCAUUUUUUUUUUUUUUGUCUAAUUUGCUAUUGGGUUCUUUGAUGAUUGUCAAUUGUGAAUAGGCUGAACAUUUUUGUGUAGUAAUUUAUGUUCUAUAUACCAAUAUUGUACAUAAAAAUGUCAUUACAGAGAGAGAGAGAGAGAGAGAGAGACUUUAGACUGUUAAAGAAAAGAAAAGAGUGGAUCCCAGAAGUACUAUCUAUAUGUUGGGGCGAUACAUUUAGGAUCGCUAUCGGUAUCAAAAGUAUAUAGAUGCAUCUUUAUGUUGUCUGAGAAAGACACAAAACAAAUAUAUCACAUCCUCGGCCA